CGUAUGCGCUCUGAUGACAGAGAGAGAGAGGGAAAUAAGAACGUUUGUGCAGCAACCAAUAAUAGUCUACCAGUCUCCAAGAGUUUGAUUUCACUUCUCAUUCCAAAACCAACACGAGAUACAACAGUUUGUUAAACCCAAGUAUUUCAACGAGAUUCCAUUCUCAUUUCCUCGGUUACCAGUGAAGUCAACAACAUUCGCAAAUAUACCUGUAUCGUAUCCCUGGGGAAUUGGAUUGCUGGAAUCACUACAUGCCUUAGCAGGACUUUAUCAUCUUGAUAUUUUAUUGAAAGUGAUGAAAUAAUCAGGACAAAAAUUAUUAUUAAAAAUAAGUUUAAUAACUGUAAUCAAGUUCUUGUUUCUUGUGUUAUCACCAAUUAGCAAGUCUGGAAAUCUUAUUAGCUUGGUGAUGAGAAUACAACUUCUUCAAAGAACUUUAUAGGCAGCAUCAAAGUCAAUAGAUCGUCAUAAUUAUGGAGAACUCAACAGCCAACAUGUUAUCUUCGGUUGAUGAUUCGACAACAGAGAUACCAGCUCACAAGGAACUGGCUGGUCACACUCAGUUUAUCAUCAUUUCUGUAUGUUACAUCAUCAUCUGUGUCUUCGGCAUCGCUGGCAACUCGAUGGUCAUCGCCGCUGUCGCACUCUGUCGGAAACUCCAGACACCGACCAACGUGUUCGUGGUCAGUCUAGCCAUCACCGACCUGCUUUCUUGUUUGACCCUCCCAUUUCAGGUGGUCAUGUUUCUGAGCCGCGAUGACAGCACGCGUCUUCCCAACGGACUAUGUGCCUUCAUCGGAGCUAUCAGCAUCAUCUGUUUGGUUGGGAGCAUCUUAACACUAGCUCUGAUAGCAUUCAACCGAUGUUUUCUCAUCACACAACCAAGGAAGAGAUAUUCUUGGCUCUACACCACGAAGAAAUUAUUCGCAAUGACUGCCAUGGCUUGGUUGUACCCAACCUUCAUUCUCGUCUUGCCCCAAGCCCUAGGUGUCGGCCAGCUUGGUUACUCACCUUCCUAUCGAGCCUGUCUAUGGAAUGAAUCUCAUCAAUACGCAUUUGUGAACGAUAUCUUGGUUGCUAUCACUUUCUUAUUCACAUUCAUAAUCAUUCUCUUCUGCUACAUCAAAAUCUGGAUCUAUAUCCGGCACCACGUUCGUCGGCUGCGAACCCACACAUCUUCAAAAGUUCCCGCCAAUGAACCAAGCAACCUCGAUGACAUGAGCAGUACUCAGGAACACCACACGGAUACCAGUGCAGGUCCGAGUCAAGGACAUGGCCACACCCAUGGUAAUGGAGGUUGCAAGGUGGAAAAGAAGAAACGAAUUAAAGCAGUUAGCACACGUGAGAUUGAGAUAACCAAGAACCUCUUCUAUGUUGUUUGUGCAUUUUUUAUGUGUAUCAUCCCCUAUACCAUCACGCUAGUACUUCCAGUAGAUCCAAUCUUAGAUCUUCUUGUUCUUUACGCAAGUAUCCCACUUGUCUUCAAUGGCUGCGUAAACCCUAUAAUAUACGCAUACAAGCACCCUACUAUGAAAGUGGUGUUUAGAUAUAUCAUCAAGUGUCAAAUAGCUUCGAUCCCUAAACCUUCGAAAUGCCUCCGCCGUGCGCUGAGCCUACAUCAGAACUCUGAGGUGAGAGGGGAGGGGCAGAUCAAGACAAUUCAUCAAAGAGAUGGUCAUCCUUCGUUUUGUAGUUUGAAGAGGGAAUCGUUCAUGAGACAAAACUCGAACAACCCAUCUUCAAGAUCGCUUGGUAGCCUCAAUAAGCACGAUGUAUCACCAAACAGACAAAAUUCAGCCAAUGCCUCCACGAGAUCAAUUGGUAGCCUCAGUAAGCACGAUAAAUCACAGAGCAGACACAACUCAGUUGGUAGUUACAAAGGAAUCAAUCGCUAACACAUCCACUCCUCCAUGGAAUCGAGACUUUUUAACUUAUUGAUAAAUAUUUGAAAUUAGCAUUCUAUGAUGUAACCACAUGAUGAUACAGACUGAGUGUAUUUUGCAGAAUGACGAUGCUUACAAGAUAGUGUCUGGUGCCAUUAUUCUGUUUUAAAGACAUUAAUGAAUGAAACAAAAAUCAUGAAAAAGUAGGAUCUUCAACAGUACUGAUUUUGAAUGUUUUUGAAGCAGAGUGUAACUCUGGAUUAAACUUGUGAGUGCCUCGCAUGAAAACGCGAGGUCAGUAAUACUGGUCGUAUGAAGUAGCCCAUGACGACAUCAAAAUAAUUGAUUGUAAAUAGGACUGAUUUGUUGUUGAAUAUAAUUCAAAGGGCACCAAUGUCAUGACUUUUCACAAAAAAUUGAUACGAUUUCUGUCGACAAACUUUCUAUGGAAGCGUUGUGAUCCAGAUGAGAAGGCCAUAGACUGUCAUGUUAGUAUUGAUUCGUGAAUUGCAUUCGUGGUUGAAGCAAAUUAAAAAUCACAGUAGAAACUGUCUAAAUGUUAAAGUUACAUCUUAAUGAUAGUUAUUUGAC